AUCAGCGCAGCGUCCUCUAUCGCCCCCAAAGGUCGCCAUUACCAUCUUUUUGAUCCGAAUGUAGCUGCUGUUACCCCUGCCUGGGAGUGUUUGUUCUCUAUCUCGUCUUUGGGAUCUCCACCACCGCCACCAUGUCCGACGCUGAUUUCGAAGCCGUCCGAAGGCUCCAAGCUGAGCGGAACGCUGCUGCAGCUGCGAGUAAAGGUUCUAGGACCUUUGAUCCGUCUAGCCAGCGCACUGACAACUCGACCAAGGCCUCCCUGACUGAAACCUUCGACACCACGCUGUACGAACGCGAGGGCGCGGACAAGUUUGCGGGAUACGACACUUCCAUCGCCGUCAAUGGCGAGGACGAAGAAAUGGAGGAUGCGGAAGGGGGCCACCGUCUGGUGGGCCAGUACACCGCGACCAGAAGUCAGAUCGAUGAGUUUGCCCAGGGCAAUGGUGUGGAAGAGGAGGACAUUCUGCUCGGACGCGAGAAGGCGGCCCGCAUCGCAGAUCGCGAGACCGAUUAUCAGAAGCGUCGUUUCAACCGGGGCCCGCUGACGCCGACGCGCGCUGAUCCGUUUGCCGCGAACACACAUGCAAACGUGGAAGGGGAGGGCGGCCAGACAUAUCGUGAAGUGAUGGCUCUGCGUGAGCUUGAAAAAGAAGAAGAGCGUGUGCAGAAGCUGAUCGCAGACAAGCAGGGCCGUGGAGAGGACGAUGUUCCGGAGCAUCAGGCCACGUUGACGUUGGAAGACAAGGAAAACGCCGACGCGGGCUCUACGGUCUCGGUUGCCACCGGUCGCAAGCGUAAGCAGCGGUGGGAUGUCGCGUCGGAACCUACUGAGUCGGCACCGGAGGGCGAGGCCGCGCAGCCCGCAGACUCCAAGGCCAAGCGGUCUCGCUGGGAUCAGACACCCGCUCCUCCUGUGCCGGGCGCCGAGGAUGCCCCCAAACGCCGUUCACGAUGGGAUCAGGCACCGGCUCUUGCCGCUGCCACCCCCGUGGGCAACGCCGGGCUUGCUACCCCGAUGCACCCGUCCCAAGUAGGUGUACCUAUGAUGCCCUCUAGCUUUGGAACUGAUAUCUCUGCGCGCAAUGCCCCUCUGUCGGACGAAGAACUGGAUAUGAUGCUGCCCUCGGAGGGCUACAAGAUCCUCGAGCCGCCUCCGGGUUACGCCCCGAUCCGGAACCCUGCGAGAAAGCUCAUGGCCACCCCCGCGCCGAUGGCCAGUGCCACGGGCGUGGGAGGUUUCAUGAUGCAGGAGCCGGAAAGUGCUCGGCAAUUGGGCAAGCAGCUUCCCACCGAGAUCCCUGGUGUCGGUGAUCUGCAGUUUUUCAAGCCGGAAGAUAUGGCCUACUUUGGAAAGUUGAUGGAGGGUGGAGACGAGAGUGCGAUGUCUGUGGAGGAGCUGAAGGAGCGGAAGAUCAUGAGGUUGUUGCUGAAGGUGAAGAACGGCACUCCGCCGAUGAGAAAGACUGCCCUGCGUCAGCUCACGGACAACGCCCGGCAAUUUGGUGCUGGACCUUUAUUCAACCAGAUCCUCCCUCUUUUGAUGGAGAAGUCGCUCGAAGACCAAGAGCGCCAUCUGUUGGUCAAGGUCAUCGACCGUGUCUUGUACAAGCUGGACGAUCUGGUCCGUCCCUACGUUCACAAGAUUCUCGUCGUCAUCGAGCCCUUGCUUAUCGAUCAAGACUACUAUGCGCGUGUGGAAGGUCGUGAGAUCAUCUCCAACUUGGCCAAGGCGGCCGGUCUGGCUACGAUGAUCAGUACUAUGCGUCCCGAUAUCGACCAUGUCGACGAGUAUGUCCGUAAUACGACUGCUCGCGCGUUUGCUGUCGUGGCUUCUGCCCUGGGUAUCCCGGCGCUUCUUCCGUUCCUCCGUGCUGUGUGCCGGAGUAAGAAGUCGUGGCAGGCCCGGCACACCGGUGUCAAGAUUGUCCAGCAGAUUCCUAUCCUCAUGGGUUGUGCCAUUCUUCCCCACCUGAAGGGGCUGGUCGACUGUAUUGCCGACAAUCUGAGUGACGAGCAAGCCAAGGUCCGCACAGUCACCGCUCUGGCCGUGGCUGCUCUGGCCGAGGCCGCCAACCCUUACGGUAUCGAGAGUUUUGACGAGAUCCUCAACCCCUUGUGGACUGGAGCCCGGAAGCAGCGCGGCAAAGGUCUGGCUGCGUUCUUGAAGGCCGUCGGCUAUAUCAUCCCUCUUAUGGACGAGGAAUAUGCCAACUACUAUACCAGUCAGAUCAUGGAGAUUCUGCUUCGUGAAUUCUCCUCCCCGGACGAAGAGAUGAAAAAGGUCGUCCUGAAGGUGGUGUCGCAGUGCGCCAGCACCGACGGUGUGACAGCCAGCUACCUGAAGGAACACGUGUUGACCGACUUUUUCAAGAGCUUCUGGGUGCGGCGGAUGGCGCUGGAUCGGAGAAACUACCGCCAGGUGGUCGAUACGACGGUCGACCUCGGCCAGAAGGUCGGCGUGGGUGAGAUCUUGGAGCGCGUGGUGAACAACCUCAAGGACGAAAGCGAGCCCUACCGCAAGAUGACGGUCGAGACCGUGGAGAAGUUGAUCGCCGCCCUUGGUGCUGCUGAUAUUUCCGAGCGCCUGGAGGAACGACUCAUUGAUGGUGUCCUGUAUGCCUUCCAGGAGCAGAGCAUUGAGGAUAUUGUGAUCCUGAACGGCUUUGGCACCGUCGUCAACGCCCUCGGCACUCGUUGCAAGCCGUACCUCCCCCAGAUCGUCAGUACCAUUCUGUGGCGAUUGAACAACAAGUCGGCCACGGUCCGCCAGCAGGCUGCGGAUCUCAUCUCCCGCAUUGCCAUGGUUAUGAAGCAGUGUGGCGAGGACGCGCUGAUGGGCAAGCUGGGUAUCGUGCUCUACGAAUACCUGGGUGAGGAGUACCCCGAGGUGCUUGGUUCCAUCCUGGGUGCCCUCCGUUCGAUCGUCACCGUGGUGGGUAUCAACCAGAUGCAGCCUCCGAUCCGGGAUCUGCUGCCCCGACUCACUCCUAUUCUGCGUAACCGUCACGAGAAGGUGCAAGAGAACACCAUCGAUCUGGUCGGUCGUAUCGCGGAUCGUGGCCCCGAAUCGGUCAAUGCCCGCGAGUGGAUGCGUAUCUGCUUCGAGCUGCUGGACAUGCUGAAGGCGCACAAGAAGGGUAUCCGCCGUGCUGCCAACAACACGUUCGGUUUCAUCGCCAAGGCCAUUGGUCCGCAGGAUGUGUUGGCGACGCUGCUCAACAACCUGCGUGUCCAGGAACGUCAGUCCCGUGUGUGUACCGCCGUCGCCAUUGGUAUCGUGGCGGAGACUUGUGCGCCCUUUACCGUCCUCCCGGCGUUGAUGAACGAGUACCGGGUUCCGGAACUGAACGUGCAGAACGGUGUGCUCAAGGCCAUGUCCUUCUUGUUCGAGUACAUUGGCGAGAUGGCCAAGGACUACGUGUAUGCGGUGACGCCGUUGCUGGAAGAUGCCCUCAUCGAUCGCGACCAGGUGCAUCGACAGACGGCCGCCAGCGUGGUCAAGCACAUCGCCCUGGGCGUGGUUGGGCUGGGCUGUGAAGAUGCGAUGGUGCAUCUUCUCAACCUGGUGUUCCCCAACAUCUUCGAGACCAGUCCACACGUGAUCGACCGGGUGAUUGAAGCCAUCGAUGCGAUCCGGAUGGCGGUAGGCACCGGCGUGGUGAUGAACUACGUGUGGGCGGGUCUGUUCCACCCGGCGCGCAAGGUGCGGGUGCCCUACUGGCGACUGUACAACGAUGCGUACGUGCAGAGUGCGGACGCGAUGAUCCCUUACUACCCCAGCCUGGAGGACGAUGGCCUCGACCGGGCCGAGUUGUCUAUCAUAGUUUGAAGCAGCGUUUAAUUUGUACCUCUUCGUGUUUUUCUACUUUGCAUCUGGGCUGUUCGAUAUGGUGUUUUGGGGAUUUGGCGUCUAUCUUCCAAGAUUAGUAGUCAAUGCAUUCCACAUAUUGCCACUAUUUC